AUCCGCCCCGCCUAUUACGACGGCGCGUCGCCCUGCCUGAGGCUGCCAACGCAUCUGCCUACAAGUCUAUCUUCUCCCGAAAAUAUUUGCAACCUCUCGUCUCUUCCAACGCCCGGAUGACGACCGUCCAACUCCAGCGCCGGUACUCCUUCACCAGCAGCACGGUGCUCGACGGAACCGCAGUCACGAACGCCUCAGCCGCGGUGCGGUCUCCCAAAACGAUAGCGCUACAGCCAGUUGAGACGGCGUGUAACCUGUGCGAGAACCCGGGGGUGGGAGUGGACUUUGGACAAGACCGCAGGCCCCCAAAGCGAGACGCAACCCAGCUGCCCUCCCCUAACGCGAACGACACACAAUCCCUACCCACCAAGAUCACGAGGCUGGCACUGGAGCGGGACGCAGACGAUGACAUUGACAGCGGCUACAGCGACGACGGGGACGUGAUAUCCCCUCCCCCUCUCCGUCUCGAAUCCCACGACCGACUCCAGCACCACCUCAACCUCUCCCAGACCGAACCGCUCGAACUGGAACCCUACAGCGAUGCCCUCCCGCUUCUAGCAGCAGCACCACCGCCAAACCCACCUCACCUCCUUUCGCUGCCCCCCGAACUCCGCGCCCAAAUCUACCGCUACCUCCCCGACACCCUCAUCUCCUCCCGACCCCUAAUCUACUGUCUUUCCACCUUCGCCGGCCGCAAGCAGCACCCCCUCGCCGCCGUCUGCCGCCAGAUCCGCCAGGAGUCGCUCGCGCUGUUCUACGGGUACAACACGUGGCUCAUCAAGCUGGAGUUCAAGAUCAUGUACGACGCCUUCCGGGCGUGGAUCCGGGAUCUGGGCGACAACGCAGGCGAGCUGCGGCUCUUGCAAAUCAGCGUGAGGGGCAGGAUGUUUCGGCCGGUUGUAGGGACGGCGGGAGGGGCGGGGAGCGGAAGCGGGACGGCGGUGUUCUCGACUGCGGCGAGCGCGGGGGUCGAGUAUCUCUGCGUGGAUGGGGAUGCGACGUUUCGGAUUGACUUGAGCGAGCGGUACGAGGGGGGCGAGGUGGAGGUGGUGCGGUGCGAUGGGAGUGCAGCGGCUGGGGAGAGGGCGAGGGCGCAUUUGCAGGGGUUGGUGGAACCGCUUUGGCGGAAGAGGAGGGAGGGGAGGUUGAGGGGGGCGGACUUUUUGGGCAUGGUGGAUUUAUUUUUGGGAUAUACUGGGUGGUGGUGCUGACGAGGGCCGGGCUGGGCUUCUGUACACUUGCUUGGCACCGCUUGAGGUCCCCUGGCCACCACCUCAGACGGAGUUAGAAUAUACUGCUACUUAAUGCUUCAACGGAGCAUUAACUCUCAUCUCCUUCUUCUGCAGACGGGGCCUCAUAUGUCACAGGUCGCUAAGCAGUCAUAUGCCUCUCCUCAGUCACAUUAUCCCUACAGCAUUAACAUAUAGGAAACCCAGCCCCCCUCCCCACCUUCUCCCUCCCCCCUUCUUCCACAAAUAGUACCUAGGCAGGUCGAUGGUGCCGUCUAAAGUGUCUUGAAAGGUCUCAAAACUACACCGC